GUUGGGAGUCUGAGUGAGGAACUGUGAGAGGGCGAAGGAGCAGUUGGCACAGGGAGACCAGGAGCAGAACCAGGUGAUGGAGUAACUCAGUCUCCUUCCAUCCGAACUUCCAAAACCCCAAAGUCCAGGACACAGCGCUCUCAGCCACUGCGGUUGCGUAGGUGUCCGAAGUCAAAAGAGUGUGAGUCUGGUCCGUUUCGUCUCUUCACAACAAAGCAAAGAGUGUUGAGCAAAGAUGUGUUGGUGAAGAAGAAGAGGUAGCCGAAGGUUUGAGAGGUGAGCGGAGGAGACAGACAAGCAUCCCGUGACAGCACCAGGGAGCAGCGGUACACUUCCACAAGCCCUGCAACCUUUGGUGCCGAAGCAGGGCGUGACCCUUUACCUCCUCUUCUGUGUCUUCACCGCUGUCAUCGGCUCACUGCAGUUCGGUUACAACACUGGUGUCAUCAAUGCUCCGGAGGCGGAACUGCGCGCCUUCUUCCAUAAUGUUUCCCUGGAGAGGUACGGAGAACCUUUCUCCCCGAACAUGAACACUUUUAUAUGGAGCCUGUCGGUGGCCAUCUUCAGUGUGGGCGGCAUGUUGGGAUCCAUCAGCGUGUCCAGUUUGGUCAACGCGUUUGGCAGACGGAAGUCCAUCAUGCUGUCCAACAUCCUGGCUGUGGUGGGAGGAACAUUGAUGGGACUCUCAAAACUAAGUUCAUCGUUUGAGAUGAUCAUUUGUGGCCGGUUUGUCAUUGGAGUAUUUUGUGGCCAGUGCACCGGUUUGGUCCCCAUGUACGUAGGAGAGAUCUCCCCUACUGUCCUCAGAGGAGCUUUUGGAACCCUUCACCAGCUGGGCGUGGUUAUUGGCAUCCUGGUGGCUCAGAUCUUUGGUCUGGGAAGGCUGUUGGGUUCUGCAGAGCUGUGGCCGCUGCUUUUAGGUCUGACCGCUCUCCCUGCCGUAGUGCAGGUCAUCCUGCUGCCCUUCUGCACCGAGAGUCCCCGACACCUGCUCAUCAACCUCAACAAGGAGGAGGAAGCCACUGCAGCUCUUGUUCGCCUGCGUGGUGUUGAAGACGUCAGCGAUGACAUUCGGGAGAUGAAGGAGGAGGCCCUGAAGAUGUCCAUGGAGAGGAAAGUCAACACUCUGGAUCUGUUUCGUUCUUCAAACUACCGUCAACCGAUCCUCAUUGCCAUCCAGCUGCAGCUCUCCCAGCAACUCUCCGGCAUCAACGCUGUCUUCUACUACUCCACAGGCAUAUUUGAUUCUGCCAAUAUUCCGAAUCCCAUCUAUGCCACUAUUGGUGCCGGAGUGGUCAACACUGUGUUCACUAUUGUGUCUCUGUUUUUGGUGGAGAGGGCGGGGAGACGGACGCUGCACCUCAUUGGUCUGGCAGGAAUGGCUGUCUGUGCUCUGAUCAUGGCCAUCUCCCUGGCUCUCGUGAAGUCCAACCCCUCGUUGAGCUACCUGGCCAUCGUCGCUGUGUUUGGUUUCGUGGCCAGUUUUGAAAUGGGACCAGGCCCGAUCCCCUGGUUCAUCGUGGCGGAGCUCUUCUCCCAAGGUCCUCGGCCUGCAGCCAUGGCCGUGUCCGGAUUCUGUAACUGGAGCGCCAACUUCAUUGUGGGCCUUUCGUUCCCCAAGCUGGCGGAACUUUGUGGUCCCUAUGUCUUCAUCAUCUUCGUGGUCCUCCUCAUCUACUUCUUCAUCUUCACUUACCUGCGAGUACCUGAGACCAAAGGAAGGACCUUCGAUGAGAUCGCACAAGGAUUCGCUCGCCGUGCGGAUCCGCCUCCCGGACCUGAGGCAGACUCGGUGGACCUGGGGAAGCAACGGGACUCAGUACCCAUGUCCCCCAAUGAAAGCGCACAGAUGGUGUCCUGAGUGUCAUGACAACACAGUUAUAGAUAUGGGUAGACUUGAUCAGAUGUUUACAAAGCAUCUAAGACAGUAAGAUCAUCUCAAACCUCUUGUUUCUUGGAGCAGAUUAACUAUUUAUCGUCACAGGACUCAACCUCCCCCUUAAAAUCCCAGACUGCUUGUGUUUCCACUCUUGAAAGUGGUCACAUCUGUCACUGGAUUCCAGCUCCAGGUGCUAACAGCUAAACAACAUACAGUAGUUUCUUCUCCUUUCCUGCCACCAGCAGUCACUCUGCUGUAAUCUGGCUAAAGUUAACAGAAUUAGCAGAACUUAAUAUUUGUUGACAUCGCCGCUUCACGCUCCAAGGAGGUCGCGCACUUAAGAGGAUCAACAAAAAGUUAAGACCCCCAGUGUACAAAGGUGGGAGGAUUCUGGGUUUUAUGUAUUGAGGUCAAGCUCCAAAAGCCGGUUUUGGAUCCCGUUAGGUUGACCCAAAAACACAGGGACUUGCUGUUUUGUUUUUUUUUUCUGCCUGCCUGAUUUGCUUCGCUGUCUUUGGGGAAAGUGAGGUGCCGCUGCGGUGCUUUUCCCCUAGCACAACAAGGGCUUUUCCUAGAUGGAAAAUUGAAUUAUUCAAGCUUGAAAGACAACGACUCUAAUGCCAACACUCAUGUAGCACUGGUCAGAAAAGCCAACUAUUUACAUACUGCAUGUUGGUGCGCCGUCGUUUUCUUUCCGACUUGUUAGUUAUAAAACUCACCCUUGGUCUUCAAUUGUGAGUCUUGUGCCAGUGCGGUGGGGCAAGCUACGAGGCACUGACUGGCUCUCUAACACCCUUCCAUUCGAAUCUGAUAAUAUUAUUUUUCAGCAUUUGUAGCAGCUGUUUUUAGCUGCCCAAUGUGUGACUAUGUUACAUCCUUGAGACCCCAAUAUGAGGUCAGAAAUCUGAAGGAUGUGCAACAUAAAUAAAUGAAUAGAAAGCUCUGAAUACAGUUGUGCACAAACAGGGUAUUUUAAAAUGAAAAUGUUCUUGAACAUGUUUUGCUAUAUUGAUGGAGUAAGUACAAGUGUAAAGCACAUGAACUGGUUGUUGCAAAUGGCGUGGUAUGGUCACUGAUCUAAUCCCUUCUGUUGUGAUCGUGAUGUCAGAAAAAAGGUGACCUGUGGCUGAUGUGGUGCCGUAGUAGAUCCUUGUUUGUGGGUGGUGAGAGCUUGAAAUGCAUAUGGUUUGACAAAUCUGUAAGAAUUCCAUUAGCGACUUAAAUGUGAGCCUCGGGGUCACAAUACUUUCAGUCUGAGGGUUGGAAAAGCUGUCCUACACGCAGGGAAUAUAACUGUCAAAAAUGAAUCCUUAAACGUCUAAGAAAGUAUGAAGAGAUGCAAAAGAAAGGUGAAGGUGAAGUUGCAUUUUCUCACCAAACGGAAAAAAAGUGUGGUAAACUGUUUAGCAAAGAUAUCUGCUGAGAAUUAAAUGGUUUCUUAUUGGCAUAAGAUGUUUUUUUCUGGAUGUAGCUGCUUUCCAAAAGUUGCUAAUGGAAUAUAUGGUGCAGACUUCGUCCUUGUGAGGUUGUGGAGGCUGUAAGAAACAAUCCUAAUCCUAAACAGAUUAGAAAUGGAUAGGAUCGCAGUGGAGUUAUUACAAUAUACAAGGACCACCAAACUUAAAAUGCCUUUGAGAGAAAUACUUCAAAUUCCUCUCACACUUCUAUAAUAUACGCAGACAUCUACUGAAUUAUCUUCUCAAUGUUUUGCUGCCUUCAUCUACAGCACAUAAGAACAGUUUAACGCUGGUGUUUGAGCUUUUUCUUUGUGAAUCACAACUUUUAUUUAUUUGACAAGAGUAUGCACAAUUUGUUAGCGUGAUGAAAUGUUCUGUCAAAAUUCUUCAGCUGCCUCUUUUUAUGAUUUUUCCAAACUUAGCCUGCACUUUUGAGACACAAUUUCAAAUGUAUCUUUUCAGAUUCAUGUUGCACUACUGUACCUUCUGCACUGUGUAUUUUAUGUUACUGUUCUUAAUGCACACUCGACUUUUGUUGUUUAUGUCUUGAUAUAAAUCUGUUUUGUCGCUUUUACUGAAGCCUUUGUUUUUAAUCUGUUUUAUUGGGUUUAUUUGGAUAUAUACAGAAUAAAGCAUAUUGUUAUCAUCACAGUUCAUGGCAAAACAUCUGGAGAAUAACUUUUUGUGUCUUGCAAUCUGAACCUGUUUUAUUUGGGUUAUUGCAUGAUACCUGGCUGUCCGUUGCUUCAUGGUGAGCGUGAAGGCGACUGAAAUCCGAAACAGGGUCAGAGCCAACACACACGCUGCAGGUGUGUUGGGUGUUGACCUCCAGCAUCACUGCGUUCUGUGAUGUCGUCCAAACCCACUCACACAAGGUGAGCACACACAGAAUUCAUCUUGGAAUUCCUCUUCUGCUCUAAAGCAAUGACUGAAAUGUUUAUUCUCAUGAAUAUUUCACACCUGUUCUCUGCUUCUAAUUUGCAGCUUAGCUGCACCAUUUUCCUCUUUUCGCUCAGCCUCAGCUCAAUGUGAUGCAUGUAUUAAAAUCAUUGCUACAUUUUUCAUAAGCUUUGUCACAUCAGGAAAUAA